AUGCCGACUUCCAUUAUGCAGAAAAACUACAGCAACUGCCCGCUGAAGAAGCGGCCAGUGUUCAUGCAGAAGGACGAGGAGCUGAAAAAUGAUUCGGAAAGUGAAAUGGAGCCGGAAAAUUUGAGCACCAAACCACAGGACCUUUCGAUGAAGUCGAAAAAGAAGGCCCGCUCCGAGUCACCCACGGUCGUGGUGGUGAUCAAGGCGGAGGACACACUCCCAACGCCACCGCCCUCCUCCUCGCCCAGCCCGAGCGAGGCCAAGUCGCCGAUCUCCAUUCCGACACCGACCUACGGCUCGCUGCCGUCCCUGUACUACCCGCGAUCGCCGCGAUCCCCCACCUCCUCACCUGCCUCAUCCACCGCCACCGACCCCACCGCCACCGCCGCCGUCCACCACUCCCUGUACAAGUCCUUCCCGGCGAUGUACCCGGGAUUCCCGUACGCGAUGCCAUACCCGGCCGACUUCUACAGUGCCGCCGCCUACCAUCACCACCAGAGCCAGGCUCACCAUCAUCACCAGCAGCAGCAGCACCAACAGCAGCAGCAGCAGCAGCAGCAACAACAGGCUCAGCAGCAACACCAUCAUCAGGCUGCCCUGUACCAACACCAUCACCUCCAGCACCAUCACCACAGCCAGAUCUCGCCACCUCGCUCCGAACCGCUGUCACCGUACAGCGCUGGCCAGCGCGACAGCACCAGCCCAUCCGCCUCGCCGACCCACCUCUUCCGCCCGGAACGGCGGUCCCUCUCGCCGCCACCCUCUAUGGUCGUGCCGGCCUUUCCGCCCGAGUUGCGCCUCAACCAGAACAACAACAUCAUCAAGUCGGAACCGUUCGCGCGCGCCCAGCACCGCUACAUGCCGUACAGUCUCGGACCGCACCACCAUCCGCACCAUGGCCCGCACAACCCCCACCACCAUCACCAGCACCACCAUCACCACUCGCUGCUGAUGCCCGUCGACCACCCAUCGCUGUCACCCACCUCCAGCCACACCUCGUUCAACUCGUACCUCUCGUCGCGCGGCCGUUCCCUCUCGCCGGCGUCCUCCUCGGCACCGGCCAGCCCGAGCGACGCCUCGGAGGAGAACAACAACAGUCUCAGUGCGGCCAACGGUAACCCCAACACCUCCGAUUCGUCCGUGCUGAUGGAAAAGUCCACCUCCAGCGCGAACAUCCUCGCCAAGGAUGGCAAGGAGUCGAAGGCGGCGUCGGCCAACGGCGGCGCACCGCGCUACCAGUGCCCGGACUGUGGCAAGUCGUACUCCACCUACUCGGGCCUGUCGAAGCACCAGCAGUUCCACUGCCCAGCGGCCGAGGGCAACCAGGCACAGAAGACGUUCGUCUGCAAGGAGUGCGACAAGCCGUACAAGACGCUCGGCGCACUCAAGAUGCACAUCCGGACGCACACGCUGCCGUGCAAGUGCAACCUCUGUGAUAAGGCGUUCUCGCGGCCGUGGCUGCUGCAGGGCCACAUCCGGACGCACACCGGCGAGAAGCCGUUCGUCUGCAAGCUCUGCUCGCGCGCCUUCGCCGACCGGUCGAAUCUGCGCGCGCACCAGCAGACGCACGAGGACGUGAAGCGGUUCAAGUGUCCGACCUGCACCAAGUCGUUUUCGCGCCUUCCGCUGCUGACCAAGCACGCGGAGAGUGGCUGCCCGGGUGGCUCCGGCAGUGGCGGCAGCUCGGCCGGUUCGCCCGUACCGUCGCUCGCCCGCUCCGACAGCCCGCACUCCCAGAGCGCCUACCUCGGAUCGCCCGACGACAGCUUCAUCCCGACCGUUCUGCCACGGUAA